AUGUAUUAACUGAUGAAGGUAUUAUUGAAAUAGUUAUUCAUGAAUUUUGUAAUAACGAUGAUGAAUCAGAUAAUGAAGAAGGAUCACUACCACCUCCUCCAAUAACUAUAAUAGAAGCAAUUGAUGCACUAAAAAAAGUUAUAAGCUAUCAAGAAAGUCUUGAAGUUAGAAAAGAAUUUAAUGAGAAUGAAUUAUCGAUAUUACGAAAAGGUUUAGAGAAUG